CCAGCUCAGUUCCAGGGGUGAUUUGGAGAGGGGUUUGGUUUGGUUGGGGUCUCAGCGGGAGGGGGAAAGUUUUGGAGGUGGAGGUGGAGAUUUUGCAAGCCCCCCCCCCCUCCUCCUCCUCCUCAAUGGGAUCUUACUUUUAAAGGGGGGAGGAGUGGUUUGACCCUUGCUUAGUGCAGUAGGAGGAAGUGAGAGGGCUACAUGGAGGCGCCUGUCAUCCUGGACCCCCCCUCUAGGGGGGGCUCCCUCCAAGAGUCAUCAGACGAAGAUGAUCAGCCUCUGAGAAACAGAAUGCCAGAUCGAGGCAAGAGCUGGAGAAACGUCGGGGCUUUCUGGCUUCUCGGACUCUGCAACAACUUCUCCUACGUGAUAAUGCUGAGCGCAGCCCAUGACAUUCUGUCAGAACAGGAGGGUGGGAACGUGACAGGCCUGAUUCCUGGUCCCAAUGACACAAGGGCUGCUGAGCUCAGCCGAGAGGUGACCGUAACGGGAGGUGGUCUGAACGGGACAAGCCGCUAUGACUGUAAUCCCAUCUCCACCGCUGCCAUUCUUCUAGCAGACAUACUGCCCACACUGCUGAUUAAACUGACCGCCCCCUUCUACAUUCAACAUCUUCCCUACGGUUACUUCUCCCUCCUGGUGAAACCUCCCAUUCUGUCCGACUGGAACCUUCAGCCUCCACCCAGAGCCCAGGAGUGUCAGCCCAUCAUCCAACCUCGCAGUCCUGCAGAGGUGACAGAAUCAAGACUGACUUUACGAAAGAAAGUAGUUAUUAUCCGGAGCUUACUUAAAUACAUGCUUCCCUUGGGACUGGUAUAUUUUGCUGAAUACUUUAUUAACCAAGGACUGUUUGAACUACUCUAUUUUAGGAACACGCUGUUUGAUCAUGACAGUCAGUAUCGCUGGUACCAGGCCCUGUAUCAGUUCGGAGUUUUCAUCUCCAGAUCGUCAGCCAAUUGCUUUCGUCUCCGUAAAAUCUGGAUUCUCGCACUGUUACAGGUGUUGAUUCUGUCUGUUCUCUCCUUUGAUGUCUGGUUUUGUUUCAUUCCGAGUAUCUGGAUUGUAUUCUUUAUAAUUCUGUGCGAGGGUCUACUUGGAGGAGCUGGAUAUGUGAACACCUUCAGGAAUAUCAGCCUUGAGGUCCCGGAGGAGGAGCGAGAGUUUGCCAUGGGAGCGGCGAGCAUGGCCGACACGCUGGGGAUCGCCCUUUCCGGAGCCUUGGCCGUGCCCUUUCACAAUUGGCUGUGUCGCCUGGACUGAGGGUGGGGCACCUUCCG